AUGUUAAUUAGGCAGAAAUAUCAGAUGAUGAAGAUUAAAUUUAAACUGUUGUUGAGAAGACUUCAGAUUAAGAAACUUAGCCAUCCUCCCAACAAUCAGAAUAGAAUAAGGAGUUCAAGAAUUAAGCAAAAAACCCUAUCAUAAAAACAAUAAGCCAGAAUGGGUUAGUUAUAGAAGAAACAAGCAGAAUAAAUAUAAAAAGAGCAAUAAGCAGCAUUAGAUGCAAGAAGAAUUAAACCUAAAAAACAAUUUUUAAGGUUAAUUUACAAUAGUGACGAUGAAAACGAAUAAUAAGAAUAAUAGGAUGAGAAAACUUAAGACGAUUCUACAACAUAAUAAGUACAAGAAUAACAGGUAUAGGGAAGGCAAGAAUAAGUAGACUAAUAUCAAAGUAAUGUAUUGUUGAUAAUGCAAAGAAUUGAAAUAAAAGCAGUAGUAGGAAGAUAAAUAUUAAUAGCCAAAAAAUAAGGAAUAAAAAAGAAAGAGACUGAAGAUCUAGAUACAAUUUUAAAUGAAUUAGGUUUUACUUAAAAAGGGGAUUCUAUGGAAGAAGGAGUUCAAGAGAAAAGAAGAAAAAGAAAAGGAAAAAUUAAGAUUCAGUACCUGCAAAAAAAGAACCAUAACAACCUUAGUAGUAAUAAUAAUAAAUCCAAUAAUAAACUGAAUAAACAAAUAACAACCAGAAAGCUGACAUAAAAAAAGGUUUUAGCAGAAAAAGCGAAGAAACAUUAAGCUGGCGCACAUUAAGUGGAUAAAGACUUAGAGAGAGUGAAACAAGAAAUUGAAAAGAGAAACUAGAAGUCGUAAAAGAACAAGAAAUAAGAUUUAGAUCUUUGA